AUGUCGCCGUACGCGCCAGUGACGUACCACCACCAGUUGUGUCGGCAGCGGAGGUACCAACAGACGUUCUUCGAGUCGGCGUCCUCCGGUAGAUGGCCAAGUGCGACCCCCGCCGCGUACAUCAUGGCGUGGCCCCUGUACCUAGGGGACGUGGAGCCCAAGGACGUGGACGCUGCCAUGGCGACGAUCAAGACCAAGCGAUCGAUGCAGGUUGUCGUCUGGUAUUCCACGGGAUUCAGAUGCGGGGCCAACUACCAUCCUGGCGACUAG